AUGGUCCAAAUUAGUUUGACAUUUUUGACCCGGACAAUAUUUUGUUGACAGGACUUCUUGUUUAAAAAAGCUGUAUGUAAACAAUUGCAAAGGUUUAGGUACAUAUUACACAUCUUCAAUGAAAUCUUGUGGGUAAACAAUUGUCAGAAGUUACCCAACCCAGAGAUGGCACGUUAUGUGACUUAUGCACUAAACCAUGAGUGGCACAGUUAUGACAUGUUCCUUAGUGCAUCCCCUGGGAAUGGGGCAAUUAAAAAAGUGAUAAUUGCCUUUGUGUUUGCUCUGUUGAUGGGGGCAUUGAUCGGCGUACUAGUGGCUCAUGUGUCCCACACUGAGAUUUGCUCGGCACAGGACAGAGCUCUCGCUAAUGUCUUGAAAACAUUGAUAAAGGAGAGAGACAGUGAUGCUAGAGACAGGCUCCUCAAAGCAAUUGAUCCUGGCCACAUAGAGUAUUUUCAACGUCACUUUGGAAAUGCUACAAGCCCCCAAGAACUGGCAGAAGAUGCGAAAAAAUGGUGGUUGGAUUUUGGGCUGGAUAUGGCGGAGGUCUUCACCCACAACCAGUUAGAUGAGGAAGAAUACCAAGAGACAGAAAUAACAGUGCAGUAUUCUAAUGGUGUUGUACUGUUUCGAAAUCAGAACAUCCUGAAAGUUGAAAGUGAUGCCACAAAAAAGCUGCCAGCUGGUCUUGUUGAGGGCGAUCUGAUCUUUGCUAACUUUGGCCAGCGUGAUGACUACCAGUACCUCCUCGAUAACCUGACACACCUGAGGCUGGAAGGCAAGAUCGCUGUAGUGAAAGAAGGAAAGCUAUCAGUGGAGGAAAAGGUACAUCAGGCAGUUGCAGUACACAUCCGUGGACUGAUCCUCUACCCAAAAACCCACAUCAAUCAUUCAGCGCUCACCAACUCAAACGAAGCUUUACCGCCUGAAGAUACACCUGCCACAGGUAUUGACCAUUUAGGCCACACCUUGGAGAUCCCAGUAUUAACCCUCUCCCACCAACAGGCAGAUGUCUUCACAGGACAUAUGGGGGGCUACCCUGUUCCUCAUAUGUGGCUGAAAGAUGCUGUGUCACACGUUGGUCCAGGAUUUAGAGGUACUUGGGCUGGGAGCCAUGUUCAUCUUAAUGUCAGAGAUAAGAGGAAGGAAGACAGCAAGCUGUAUGCUGUUGUUGGGAAAAUACGUGGAAGCAUAGAGCCAGAUCAAUAUGUUCUGCUAUAUGCCCACCAGCAUGUGGUAAAUGUCAGCUUACCCUAUGGAUCUACCAUGCUGACUGAGCUUGCCAGAAUCUAUGGAAAAGUGAUGCAAUCAGGUAAAGAGGGUUUUUUCUCUCUCUCCCCCCCCCCUUGCUAA